UCCGCCUGCAAGUGCUUUUGGGCUCCCGAAGACCUGUCCCCGCUUGGUACCCGCCGCCAGCAUGGAGGCUCGCCGCACGCGGCAAAAGGCUCUCAAAGUGAAGGACUCAAAGAACGUCAGCUAUAUGGAGCUGAUUUCCAUGGAAACGUCGUCCUCCUCUGAUGACAGUUGUGACAGCUUUGCUUCCGAUAAUUUUGCAAACACAAGACUGCAGUUGGACAGGGAAGGCUGCAGGACCCGAAGUCAGUGCCGUCCCUCGGGACCUCUCAGGGUAGCCAUGAAGUUCCCAGCACGAAACCCGCGGGGGCCAGCCAACAAAAAAGCUGUCCCCUCAAAACCCCCUGAGAACUCUGCAAAUGAUUCCCAUUCUGACUCUGAGGAAGAAGACGGUAUGAACUUUCUGGAGAAGAGGGCUUUAAAUAUAAAGCAAAACAAAGCAAUGCUUGCAAAGCUGAUGUCAGAAUUAGAAAGCUUCCCUGGCAUAUUCUCCGGAAGACAUUCUCUCUCUGGUCAUGGAUCCAAAGGUUCAAAGUCCCCUAGAAGACGCACAUUCCCAGGCGUGGCUUCCAGAAAGAACCCUGAACGGAGAGCCCGGCCUCUUACCAGGUCAAGGUCCCGGAUCCUGGGGUCUUUGGGCGCUCUGCCCACAGAGGAGGAGGAGGAAGAAGAGGAAGAGGAUAAAUACAUGCUAGUGAGGAGGAGGAAGUCCAUGGAUGGCUACAUGAAUGACGACGACAUGCCCAGAAGCCGUCGCCCUGGAUCCAUGACCCUCCCGCAUAUAAUCCGCCCUGUGGAAGAAGUUACCGAGGAAGAGAUCAGGAACAUCUGCAGCAACUCUCGGGAGAAGAUCUACAACCGGUCGCUGGGUUCUACAUGUCAUCAGUGUCGCCAGAAAACCAUUGACACCAAAACAAACUGCAGGAACCCAGACUGCUGGGGCAUCCGGGGCCAGUUCUGUGGGCCCUGCCUUCGAAACCGCUAUGGGGAAGAAGUCAAGGACGCUCUGCUGGACCCAAACUGGCACUGCCCGCCCUGCCGAGGAAUUUGCAACUGCAGCUUCUGCCGCCAGCGGGAUGGACGGUGCGCCACAGGAGUCCUCGUGUAUUUAGCCAAGUUUCAUGGCUUUGGGAAUGUGCAUGCUUACUUGAAAAGUCUGAAGCAGGAAUUUGAAAUGCAGGCCUGAAGAUCCACUGCCUGCUCUCGGCUUCUCAAUGCUGUCUUCUUGACGCUGUCGUUGAUGGACGCCCAUCGCCCUUAGAAGUCAGUCAGAUUAAUCUUGUGGGAUUCACACUUGUUUCGGGACCUCAUACCGCUAGUUACUCUUCAGCUACAUGUAGUUCCCCAAAGUUUGCCCUGGCCCCUACCUUGUAGCCUCCCCACUCCCACGGUCCUUUGCCACCACUUGAGUUCUUCUUAAAGUGGCAGUUUUCGAAAGCAGAUUUGUUUUAUUGGUGUUGAAAUCGUCUCAGGACACACCAGUAAACCCAAGCACUUAGGGGUCCAGUAGUGUUGGGAACAACGGUUCUGCUAGAUUGCAGAGAACAAGUCCCUCCACUUGUUUGCACAGAAUCGAUGCUUGCUUAGCUAAGUCUUGCGUGCUGUCGGCUGACGUUUGAAAUGGAUCAGGCCGAGGCACAAACAAAGGUCUGGAAACAAUGUGGGAAAUUAGGUGAUUGCUGGGAAGUGGAGUAGCACAUUGAAUGACUUUCUGGAAACACAGAACUCCUUUGUGUUGUGCUCAACGUCCACCCUGUCGCAGUGGAGACUCGAUUGCUGCUAAGAUCGUCCCUAAGUUAGAGUGGUCCAUCUAUGCACAGUCUCCAAAGGUUUGUGGUAACGUGGUACCAGAAUUACUUAAACUGCUGUAGAAGAAGCCUUCUAGGAAGAGAAGACGAUCCGUCUCUGUGAUGGGCCGAUUGAAAUCUUGCUGUGAUUUCAGAAACUUAAAUAGCUUCCUUUGGUUCCGGAAGUUUCCUGAAGAGGAUUCCCCGGGGGUUGUGUCCAGGGUUUCCUUUAGAUUCUAAACAGUUUUGUGACAGUGAGCGGUGACCUCUUAGAGAUGGGUAGCGAGCUACCCCUGCCAGUUAUGGGCAGAUGCCGUGAGUCGCCCCCCGCCCCUUUCCUGUCGCUGUGUCCUGCUCUGUUUGUGAUGCUCGCUGGGCCUUGAAUCAUUCGGUGUAAAUACAGCUUUUGCUUUCUAAUGCUUUUAUACAAAGGUUUUUAUUUUAAUAAUAAA